AUGCCAUCUCUGCCUCAAGAAGGAGUUAUUCAGGGAUCCUCUCCCCUGGAUCUGGAUACCGAAUUGCCUUAUGAAAGUACAAUAAAAAGGAAAGCCAGAAAAAAGAAAAAGAAGGGAAUCAUUACAGCAAAUGUUGCUGGGACAAAGUUUGAAAUUGUUCGAUUAGUAAUAGAUGAAAUGGGAUUUUUGAAAACUCCAGAUGAGGAUGAAACAAGUAACCUUAUAUGGUGUGAUGCUGCAGUUCAGCAGGAAAAGAUUUCAGAGCUGCAGAAUUACCAGAGAAUCAACCAUUUUCCAGGAAUGGGGGAGAUCUGUAGGAAGGAUUUCUUAGCAAGAAAUAUGACCAAAAUGAUAAAGUCUCGGCCCUUGGAUUAUACCUUUGUUCCUCGAACAUGGAUUUUCCCUGCUGAAUAUACUCAAUUUCAGAAUUAUGUAAAAGAGUUGAAGAAAAAACGGAAGCAGAAAACAUUUAUAGUAAAACCAGCUAACGGGGCAAUGGGACAUGGGAUUUCUUUGAUAAGGAAUGGUGACAGACUUCCAUCUCAGGAUCAUUUGAUUGUCCAAGAGUACAUUGAAAAACCUUUUUUAAUGGAAGGUUACAAGUUUGAUUUGAGAAUUUACAUUCUGGUAACAUCAUGUGAUCCACUAAAAAUAUUCUUGUACCAUGAUGGACUUGUGCGAAUGGGAACCGAGAAGUAUAUACCACCCAAUGAGUCCAAUUUGACCCAGUUAUACAUGCACUUGACAAACUACUCUGUGAACAAACAUAAUGAGCGUUUUGAACGUGAUGAAACUGAAAACAAAGGCAGCAAACGCUCCAUCAAAUGGUUUACAGAAUUUCUCCAAGCAAAUCAACAUGAUGUUACCAAAUUUUGGAGCGAUAUUUCAGAAUUGGUGGUCAAGACUUUAAUUGUAGCAGAGCCCCAUGUCCUCCAUGCAUACCGAAUGUGCAGACCCGGACAACCUCCAGGAAGUGAAAGCGUCUGUUUUGAAGUCUUGGGAUUUGAUAUUCUGUUGGAUAGAAAACUAAAACCAUGGCUUCUGGAGAUUAAUCGAGCCCCAAGCUUUGGAACUGAUCAGAAAAUAGAUUAUGAUGUAAAAAGAGGAGUGCUGCUAAAUGCACUGAAGUUACUAAACAUCAGGACUAGUGAUAAAAGGAGAAACUUGGCCAAACAAAAAGCGGAGGCUCAAAAGAGGCUUUAUGGUCAAAGUUCGAUAAAAAGACUCUUACCAGGUUCCUCAGACUGGGAACAGCAAAGACACCAAUUGGAGAGGCGGAAAGAGGAGUUGAAAGAGAGACUUGCUCAGGUACGAAAGCAAGUCUCCAAAGAAGAACAUGAAAAUCGUCAUAUGGGGAAUUACAGACGAAUUUAUCCUCCAGAAGAUAAAACACUGCUUGAAAAGUACGAGAGUUUGUUGGCUGUUGCUUUUCAGACCUUUCUUUCAGGAAGAGCAGCUUCAUUCCAGCGAGAAUUGACUAAUCCUUUGAAAAAGAUGAGGGAGGAAGAUAUAUUGGAUCUUCUCGAACAGUGUGAAAUCGAUGAUGAGAAAUUAAUGGGCAAAACUACCAAGCUACGAGGACCAAAGCCUUUAUCUUCUAUGCCAGAGAGUUCUGAGAUAAUAAAGAAACAGAAGUGCUACAGCAGUGACAGCAGUUAUGACAGUAGCAGGAGCUGCUCAGAAUCUGAAGAAAAUGAAAAAGAUGAUUAUCAAAGCAGGAAAAGAGAAAAGCAAGUUACGUAUAAUCUUAAAAACUCCAGCCACUACAAAUUAAUUCAACCAUCUAGCUCCAUGAGACGGUCAGUCAGCUGCCCUCGAUCUAUCUCUACUCAUUCACCAUCCAAUGGAGAGAAUCGUCCAUUUUCUGCCCAACAAGUGUUAUCAGCAUCCCGGCCAACAUCGGGAUCCCGGGCACAUUCCCUAAACCGUGCUUCCUCCUACACGAAGCACCUGCCUCAGUGUAUUGAUGCCAACUCUACAAACUCACAGGUGAUAAAUGGGUCCUUGCAGCGACAGAAAACAAAAGAACAAGAGGAUGAACUAAUAAGUCAGACUUUAUUUGUUCUCAUGGACAUGAAGAUACGAUUUCCAGGAAAAUCAGAGGCAGAAUCAGAACUUCUGAUAGAAGACAUUAUCGACAACUGGAAAUACCAUAAAACAAAAGUGGCUUCAUAUUGGCUCAUAAAACUGGACUCUACAAAACAACGAAAAGUUUUGGAUAUAGUAAGAACAAGUGUUAGAACAGUUCUUCCUCGUAUCUGGAGGGUAACUGAUGUUGAUGAAUUACAUUUAUAUCGGAUUUUCAAUAGAGUUUUUAAUCAUUUACUAUGGAGUCAUGGCCAAGGACUAUGGAACUGUUUUUGUGAUUCAGGAUCCUCUUGGGAGAGUAUAUUCAGCAAAAGCCCGGAGGUGGUGUCUCCUUUGCAGCUCCAGUGUUGCCAGCGUCUUGUUGAACUUUGUAAACAGUGCCUGCUGGUGGUUUACAAAUAUGCAACUGAAACGAGAGGAUCAUUGUCAGGCCUAGGUCCUGACUGGGGUAAUUCCAGGUACUUAUUACCUGGAAGCACACAAUUUUUCAUGAGAACACCAUCCUACAGCUGGAGAUACAGUUCAUCUGGAAUGGCUCGCUCCAAUGUUUUAUUUACACCUCGAUAUGGCCAUUUGUGA